GGAAAAGUGUGUGUGUGUGUGUGUGUGUGUGAGUGUGUGUAGGUGUGUGUAGGUGUGUGUUUCUGCUGUUGUAACCCUGCUGAUUGGAUUGUGUUUGACAGAUAUGGAGUCUGGAGAGCGGCUGGCCUCCCCUGCGCCCACCCUGUCUGCUGCUCGCACCUCCUCCCCCGCGGCCUCUUCUUCUUCCUCCUCCUCCUCUUCCUCCUCCUCCUCCUCCUCCUCGUCUCCCGCCCCCCACUCCAAGAGCGGCCUGGCCCCGAGCCCGUCGGCGCUGGGAUCCACCCUGAACACCUCGGGCCGUCUGUUCGGAGCAGCAGCAGAUCAGCCUUUCAUCGGCUCCACGUUGUCAAGUGCCUUCCCUCUGGUCAACCACCCAGCCUUCGGAGCCCUCUACACCACCGGGACGGGCCGGCCCGAGUUCGGGGGCCUGGGCUCCAUCGGGAUGUCGGCCGUUCUGGCUGCCCACCCGCAGUUAGGAGCCCUGUCCGAGUGGUGGCGAACAGCCGAAUCCCACGGACGGGGAGCCGCCGCCUUCCUCCCUUCCUUCAUCGGCUUCCCUCCGUUCUUCGCCCCCCACAUCCAGCCCAACCACAGCACUGCUCCCGCUCCCAUCAGGACCCCCGGCAAGAACGGCCACGACCCGCCUAAAGGGGUGAACGGCGCCGUCAACGGCAGCGGGGUCGCUCCUCCUGCUGCAGCUGCGCUGCUGGGGAGCUACUCCACCAGUCCGGCUCCAGGGUCAACGAAGACCACCGAAACCUCAGAACCGUUGAACAGGAGCAGCCCCCAGAACGACCCGGCAGAACCUGCAGAGAAGACCACUGUGAAGACUAAAGAGAAGAAAACAAGAAAGAAAGUGGGCGGGGCUUCUUUAGCGAGCAACAGCGACUCAGGCACAUCCUCGGACAGCUCCAGUGACGGGUCCAUCAGCAGUGACCUGGAGGACCUGGCUGAGGACGAUGAAGAUGACGACGAUGACGAGGACGACGAAGAGGAGGACAAACAGAGUGAACUGUCAGACUCUGAGAAACGAACAAAGAAGAAAACUAAGUUUUCAAGUCCCGGUUCUGGACCAGGAAAGACUGACCGACCCCUCCUGGACAGAAGAGACCCCCAAACCAAGAAACUGCCCUCCAACCCGCCGACCCUCGUGCCCCUCCCCUGCUCCAUGUCCCCGCCCCUCCUGACCCAGACCUCGCCCCUGCAGAGCUCCCGGUCCUGGACCGAGGGUCCGCAGCAGCACUUCAGCGUGAUCCAGUCCACAGGCCUGGCCGCCAACCCGAAGCCCCUGGCGCUCCUMGCCCAGCCCCGCAGGGAGUCCUCCCCCUCCUCCUCCCCCAUCGCCCUCACCACGUCUCCCAGAGCCUUCUCUAGCUCCGCCUCCCCGAAACCUCCCAAACUGCUGCCCUCCUCCUCCCCGCAGCACCUGCCCUUGUCCCUCUGCUCCUCGCCGAAGCCCCUCUCCGUCCCCUCCCCGCCUCGCUCCUCCCUCCUGGCGUCUACCUCCCCGAAGCCGUUUGGACUGACCUCGUCGUUAACGAGCGCCCAGAAGGCCUCGCCGAAGCCACCAAAGCACGCRGCGCCCGGCGCCGCCAAAUCCAACAAACGUAAGCUGCUGGAAGCGUCUCUGGCUCAGAUCAACGAGUUCAGACUCAAACAGACUCUCAUGUCUCAGACGCUCCCAGCGGAYCCGAAGAAGCAGCAGCAGGGUGCAAACAAGUCGCCGAAGAGGACGUCGCUGUCCUCGCCGCCGCUGCCUCCGGCUCCGCCUCUUCCUCCCCAGAACAAUCACUCCAACCUCUUCCUGUCGAGCGCUCUGCUGGGUCUCCCCGAACCCCACCACCCCAACGGGGUCAUCCAAAGCACCACUCAGGACGCACCUUUGGCCCUCAUCACCAAACCUCGCAAAGACUCCUCCUCCCGAGGCCGGUCCCCCCAGCCCAACCCGGACUCUGGGUCCAUGCCAGUCAACCUGAGCACGGGGGCCAGCCGGACCCAGGCCGGUCCUCCUCCUCCGUCACAGCCUCCAACUACCUCACCCCCUGCCACGGGUCACGGAUCCAGGAAGACCAAGACCCCCCGGAGUAAAGGGCAGACACCGGGCCUGGGCCAAGCGGACCCUUUAGCUGCCUGGAAGGGCUUCUCCCAGAACCACCUGGUCCAGUCUCUGGUGGAACUGUUUCGAGGAGGAGAGUCCGGCAUCGGUCUUCCCGGGGUCAGCAUCCCUGGAGUGGGCAUUCCRGGGGUGGGAAUCCCCGGAACAUGUAACCCCACGGCUGCUCUCCCCGCCAACAAAGAAUCUGACGACUCAGGAGAGGACGAUGACGACGAUGAGGACGACGACCUCGAGGAGGAAGAUGAAGAGGACUCAGACGACAGCCUUUCAGAGUCGGACAGUAACUCAGACAGCGACAUCUCCGGGAAGAAGGCCAAGGACUCGAAGCUGCUGCCGUCCGGACCCUCCAAGAAGGACACYCCCCCCCACAGGCUGGCCAAGGGUCCGGAACUCCUCGACGCCUCAGCCAAUCACAACGCCACCAGCUGCUCGCCGCUCAACCUGCAGGUCAUCAAGAGUCCCUCCACCGCCACCAGCUCUAGUGCCUUGUCCUACCACAGCCCCGCAGGCUCCUCCUCCUACAGCCUGGCCUCGCCGUUAGGUUUGGGGAAGAGGAAGAGGACGAUGGAUGAGAAGGAGUUGACGGCGCCUCUGGAGUUGGGGUGGCGGAGAGAAACGAGGAUCAAAUCUGUGGCGGGACGGCCUCAGGGCGAGGUGGCCUACUACGCCCCCUGUGGCAAGAAGCUGAGGCAGUACCCCGAUGUGAUGAAGUAUCUAUCCAGAAAUGGAAUAAGUGGCAUCACGCGUGAUAAUUUUAGCUUCAGUGCAAAGAUAAGGGUUGGUGACUUCUAUGAAGCCAGAGAAGGACCCCAGGGUCUGCAGUGGACCCUGCUGAAGGAACACGAGGUGGUCCCUCGAAUCUUAGCCAUGGAGGGUCGGAGGGGUCGCCCCCCCAACUCGGAGCGCCACCUGGCGGGCGACGGCUCCAAAGGCAGCCGGCGGAGGAAGGGGCGACCCCCGAACGUGGGCGACCCGCUCGGGCCCGAAGGCCCCAGCCCCAGUGAGGUCAAACUUCUGCGCAAGCUGGAAGCUCAGGAAAUCGCCCGACAAGCGGCUCAGAUGAAACUGAUGAGGAAACUGGAAAAGCAGGCGUUGGCACGUGCAGCUAAAGAAGCUCGCAGGCAGCAAGCGAUCAUGGCAGCAGAGGAGAGGAGAAAGCAGAAAGAGCAGAUCAAGAUACUCAAACAGCAGGAAAAGAUCAAGCGCAUUCAGCAGAUCCGGAUGGAGAAGGAACUGAGGGCGCAGCAGAUUUUGGAGGCUAAACGGAAAAAGAAGGAGGAAGCCGCUAACGCCAAAAUACUGGAGGCUGAGAAGCGCAUAAAGGAGAAAGAGUUGAGGAGGCAGCAAGCAGAGAUUCUCAAACACCAGGAGUUGGAGAGGCAUAGACUAGAUAUGGAGAGGGAGAGGAGGAGGCAACAUGUAAUGCUGAUGAAGGCUGUUGAGGCUCGCAAGAAAGCAGAGGAGCGCGAGCGCUUGCGGCAGGAGAAGAGGGACGAGAAGCGCCUGAACAAGGAGCGGAAACUGGAGCAGCGAAGGCUGGAGCUGGAGAUGGCCAGGGAGCUGAAGAAGCCAAACGAAGACAUGUGUCUGUCCGACCACAAGCCUCUCCCUGACUUCUCCAGGAUCCCCGGACUCAUCCUGCCGGGCCGGGCCGUGUCGGACUGCCUGAUGCUGAUGCAGUUCCUGCGGGGCUUCGGGAAGGUCCUGGGCCUGGACCUGAACGUGGACGUCCCCACGCUGGGGAUGCUUCAGGAGGGUCUGCUCAACGUGGGGGACAGCAUGGGCCAAGUCCAGGACCUGUUGGUCAAACUGCUGUCUCUGGCAGUCUGCGACCCGGGUCUGCCUCCCGGACAGAAGACUAAGACCAUGCUGGGGGACCACCUGACCAACGUGGGCAUCAACAGGGACAACGUGUCCGAGGUGCUGCAGAUGUACAUGAGCGCUCACUGCGCUAACACGGACAUGGCUCCGCUGGCCCUCAGCCUGAAGACCAAGGCCUUCCAGGCCCACACGCCGGCCCAGAAGGCCUCCAUCCUGGGCUUCCUGGCCAACGAGCUGGCCUGCAGCCGAGCUGUGAUCAGUGAGAUCGACAAGAACCUGGACCAGAUGGCCAACAUGAGGAAGGACAAGAUCAUCAUGGAGGGAAAACUGAAAAAACUGAGGACCAUUUACGCCAAGCGCACCGGGAAGCGGGAGGCCAGCAUGGGCGGGGAGGAGAACCAGUCCGUCGGAACGCCGUCCUCCGCCUCCAAACGCAAGAGGAAGCUGGGUCCGGACAGCGAGGACGACGACGAGGACGACGACGACAGCGACGACCCGGAGGACGACGACGACGAAGAGGAGGAGGAAAUCAAAAAGGUUAAAAAAGUGGAAACGUUCGACGAGGACGAAGUGGACCAGGCCACCAGCAUCGAGGAGCUCGAGAAGCAGAUCGAAAAACUAGCCAAGCAACACCAUCAGACCAGAAAGAAGCUCUUUGAGAUCUCUCACUCGUUGCGCUCCAUGAUGUACGGACAGGACCGGUACCGGCGCCGGUACUGGGUCCUGCCUCACUGUGGGGGGGUCUUCAUCGAGGCCAUGGAGAGCGGUGAAGCUCCAGAGGAGCUGGAGGAGGAGCGGCAGAGGAGGAGGCGCGCUGCAGAGGAGGUGAAGGUGAAGGAGGAGCCUCAGGAGAUCGAGCUGCACAAAGAGAAACCACCCGGCCUGGACGUUCAGAACCUCCGAGGUCCGGAGCCACAGAAGGAGGAGGAGCCGAACGGGAAGAAGACGUCUCCGUCGCUGUUCUGCGUGUCCAAACUGUUCACGCGCAGAGACGUGUGCAAAGACUCAGAGAGUCCACACGUGAGACAGAUCCGGAGUCCCGCCGUCUCCAGCACCGGAGCGUCCUCGUCCCCUCGUCACGGUGCUCCUGAGCCGGCAGCGACCGUCAACAACACUACUAACAUCCCGCCUCCGGCCUCCACCUCGCUGUCCUUCCCCUGCCUGCCGGCGCCACGCCACAGCCCCGGGGACACUCCGCCCACGUCCUCCCCCGCCCCGUCCCCGCUGCUGUCCUUCCAGGCCAGCGACCAGCUGCUCCGGGUCCUGACGGAGCGGAGCGGACACUGGUUCAGUCUCCUCCCCCGGAACCCCUGCGACCUGGCCUCGCUCACCGUCACGCCGCCGGGAGUGCCCCGGGGCUCCCCUCAGGCCUCGUCCACCCCGGGCCGGCCCAGGUCCCCGCCUCCGUCCCCCGCGCUACCUCUCACGCCUUCCGCCGCCUCGGCCUCCACCAGCCCCCACCAUCCGGCCGGCCUCCUCAACUACCCGCUGUCCGCCCUGCAGCUGAAGUCUGGAGGCUCGUUGUUGGGCGUGUCCUUUGGCAGCUGGCCCAGCGGGGUGAUCAGUCCCAGCCUGCCUCUGUGCAGCAGCCCCAGCCCCGUGCCGGGCCACUCUCUGGAGGGAAACACGGCAGCGAGCGUCUCCAGUAAGAGCGAAUCACCGUUGCCUCGUAUCGAGAAGAGCUCCUCCAUGCCUUCGCCUGCUUUAGAGAUGCCGAAGUCCCUCGACCACACGGCGCCUCGGCCCAUCCCAGAGGACAUGCUGACGGGUUGGUGGCGAGUGUCUCACGUGGAACAGCUGAGGUCUUUAGUGGAGGCACUCCACAGCCGAGGAAUCAGAGAGAAAUGUCUCCACAGGCAGAUGCAGAAAUAUCUGGAGAUCAUCCCUCAGGUCUGCACCAAACACAGAGACGUGGCCAUGAUUGAGCUGAGGGAGCUGGAGGAGAGCCAGGUGAGCGUGGAGUCGGUGCGGGGCUGGUGUGUGGAGGAGCAGGCCAUGGAGAUGGACAUCGCCAUGCUGCAGCAGGUGGAGGAGCUGGAGAGGAAAGUCACUGCAGCCAGUCUGCAGGUCAAGGGCUGGACCUAUCCGGACCCACAGUCUGAGCGCGAGGACCUGGUGUACUACGAGCACAAGCCCCUCCCUAAAUGCACACCUGCAUCAGGAAGCGCAGGAGACAAGGACUCCAGGGAGCACCUGGAGGAGCGCGGGGAGAAGGGCGGGGUGAUGCGUCACCCGGACAACCCGCUGGACAUAGCGGUGACACGUCUGGCCGAUCUGGAGCGCAACAUCGAGAGAAGGUACCUGAGGAGCCCCUUAGGUACCACCAUUCAGAUCAGGCUGGAUAAUGUGGGUACGGUCACUGUCCCCGCCCCCGCCCCAUCCACUAGUGCUGACAGGGAAGGUGGUGAGGAAGAGGUGGCCCAUGGGAUGAAGGUCUGGAGGAAGGCCCUGAGCGAGGUGCGUAGCGCCGCCCAGCUGGCCAUGUGCAUCCAGCAGCUYCAGAAGUCCAUCGCCUGGGAGCGCUCCAUCAUGAAAGUGUACUGUCAGAUGUGCAAAAAGGGGGACAACGAGGACCUCCUCCUGUUGUGUGACGGCUGUGAUAAAGGCUGCCACACCUACUGUCACAAACCCAAAAUCACCAGCAUCCCUGAAGGAGACUGGUACUGCCCGGCCUGCAUUUCCACGGCCAGCGGUUCGUCCCCAAAGAGCAAAAAGCCUCCGGCUAAACCCGUAGCUUCGACAGCUGCAGGCGGUAAGAAAGGCUCGGAGGCCAAGAAGAGCGGGAAGCAGACGGGUAACGGUGAAGUGUCGGAGGAGGACUCAGCCAGCGCUGGCAGCACGCCAAAAAAACUCUCAAAAGACACCAGCAGGAAGAGGAAGACAGAAGACAGCUCCCCCGCMCCGACACCGGCCAAUCAGGAAAGUCCCGUGUGUGUGAAGAGAGCCAAGACGGCGAGGGACAACAACAGGGACCUGGGACUGUGCAGGGUUCUGCUGGCCGAGUUGGAGCGACACCAGGACGCCUGGCCCUUCCUCUCCCCCGUCAACCUGAAAUCUGUCCCCGGCUACAAGAAGGUCAUCAAGAAACCCAUGGACUUCUCCACCAUACGAGAGAAGCUCGUUAGCAGCCAGUAUCAGAACCUGGAGACUUUCAUCAUCGAUGUGAACUUGGUGUUUGAUAAUUGUGAAAAGUUCAACGAGGACAACUCGGACAUCGGGCGCGCCGGUCACAACAUGAGGAAGUUUUUCGAGAAGCGCUGGACUGAGCUUCUGAAGCAAACUAACUGAAACCAGUUUCACACCGGAGCGUCGCGUUUCACUUUUUAUUUCUAAAUCUUUUCUGAUGGGAGUUUGCGGCUUUGCAGGACGGAAGAAAAAGUCCGCAGCUCCGAAACGAGGAGCCCAUUGUGUGUGUAAGAACGACAUCACCUUAAAAUGUUUUCAGAAAAAGGAAAAAAAACAAAAAAACAACAAUGUUACAUGAGGUGCGCUGGAUUUAUUACAACAGGGAUAAAAGCCCCAAAGAGUCCCAGAGAAACGGGGUGUCCGAGUGCAAUACCAUUCCCUGUGUGAGAACACUGCACUGAACGCUCAACCGUCACCGACGUGUUUCCACUACCUGUACAGUCUUUUCUUAUUUAAUCAUAUUAUAGUGAAUGUAUUUAAUUUUGUAUUAAUUAUUUAUGAAUCAAGGUCCACUUCAUUUUCUAUGAAAAAGGAGAAAUCAUCGAAACUGCUUUGAAUUUUAAAAACAACAAAAAAAGGAAUGUGUUGUUGUGUUAUAAUUAUUAUUUUUUUUGRCUCCCAAAUAUCCGACAAAGCCAAGAAAAGAAAAAAAAAACCAACCUGUUUACACUGUUCAGAGGACUGUUUCCAUUUGUUCAAACUGCAUUUAUUUACAGGAACAGUUAAGAGAAACCGUGUGUAUAUACUGUUUAUUAUUGUCAAUAUUUACGUCUCGUUUGGAACAAUGUGUAAAAAAUGGUUUAAGAAUAUUAAGAUAUUGUUUAUGCCUUAGAAUGAUUGUAGCAUUCUAUUUUAGUGAACGUGAUGAAAGCAUUAUCAUAAAUAUUGUUUGUACAGUAAUAUACAUAUCCUCUGCAAACACUGUGGUAUCCUUAAUCUUGGUAGUGCCUACCCUUCCAACAGGGGUGUGUAGGGGAUGUUGUUGUUUUUUUGUUUUGUUUUGUUUUCAUUCUUAUGGUUAUUUUUUAAAGCUUUGAUUUCAAUCCAACAGGGCCUCCAAACGUCGGACAGUGACUCAGAAAUCAUUCCUCGCCGUAAAAAAAGAAAAGAAAAAAACAACAACAACAGGACGACGAGCGCUCGGUUCUGCUUCCACUCACAUUUCCUCAGAUUCUGCCACAAUACAGAGGACCUGCGGCCAUUUUGUAACCACUGUGUUGAACCUUCGCUGUGUGUCGUGGCCCGAUGGAGGCAGCUAGAUUUUUUUGUACCCAAGUCAAAAGUACUUGAAGUUACUUUAUUUAAGAUAUUGUGGAAUAAAAGUAUCAUUCUUUUGUAGGAGCUUUAUUUUUCACUAGUGUGUGGCACGGACCUAUUAAAAGGAUGUUUUUUCAACGUAA